UAGUUGCUUUGUUGAUAGAAGGAAGCCCGGCAAUAUGUUUUCGAUUUGUAGCCAAACUUCGUACGAGCCUAGCAUUGACGCGUCAAGUCUGCUUCGUCAUAUCUGCGCCCUGUCGCUAGCGUCACCCCGCAAUGUACCGAGGUCCUCACAUGCAUGCCACCAACAUCAUGUUUGCUUUUUGACGUUGCUUGCUGUAGGCCCACCAUUAUCAAGCUGAGCGCGUCGGCUUUGAUAUUCUUGGCCAGGAGAUGACUACGUGCAUCUGCAUUUGAACUCAAUGGUCCAAUUCGUCAUCCGUAAACACCAGCCGGAAACAACGUCAUAUACUUAAGUCGAAGACAAUGGCUACAGUACCGUCUGAACCCCCACCACGUGGCCUCAAAGAUAGAGUGGCGAUCGUAACUGGAGCAGGUUGCGAUGGUGAUGGGAUUGGGAAUGGUCGUGCGAUAUCGAUCAUGCUCGCCGAUGAGGGCUGUCAUGUCCUUUGCCUGGAUCUAAAGAUGGACUGGGCGGAGAAGACUGCGGAAAUGGCAGCGUCAAAACCACAUCGCGGAAGAGCUAUAGCAGUCCAGGCCGACGUUACGAAGGCUAGUGAUUGCGAGGCUGCAGUAGCUAAAGCGAUCCAAGAGUUCGGCAAGUUGGACAUACUGGUGAACAAUGUCGGUGUCAGCGGUGCACCAGGAACAGCGGUCGAUGUCGAUAUGGAAGCAUGGGCGAAGGGACUCGAGAUCAAUGUUAGCAGCAUGGUACAGAUGACAAAGUACUGUAUACCAGCUAUGCAGAAGAACGACGGCGAGAUGAAAGGCAGUAUCGUCAACAUGGGCUCAGUCGCAGGCUUGAAGGGCGGCACGCCGCAUCUGUUGUAUCCAACCAGUAAAGGCGCAGUGGUCAACAUGACUAGGGCGAUGGCUGCGCAUCAUGCAACCGAUGGUAUUAGGGUGAACUGUGUCUGUCCUGGCAUGCUAUACACGCCCAUGAUGUAUGCAGGCGGUAUGAGCGAGGAAGCCCGAGAAGCGCGAAAGAAGAGAAGUCUGCUGGGUACGGAAGGCAAUGGAUGGGAUGCAGCGUGUGCUGUGACUUUUCUGAGUUCAGAUCAUGCGAGGUGGAUAACGGGUGCGGUGUUGCCUGUCGACGCCGGUGCGACAGCCGCAGUAGGAAUCGGUAUGCCGAAGAGCGCCAGUGUCAACGGCUAGAGUAUGGAGUACAUGAGGCUAGAUGGCAGUCAGGGGAUGCAGGUGUUGAGGUUUGGCGCAAAACGGGAAGGAGCCGCGGCACAUCGACACACGCCGGCUCAUUGGCUUGCACCAGCGUCACAAUCCAGCUUCAACACCACUUCAUGUACU